AUGUCUACGCACACCAACGGUACAGUCUCCAAAGAUACUAGCAGGUCUGGCCUGCUAGCUCUCGCGGAAGAUGUUUCUCGGCAGACCCAGGCUAUCGCUGAAUACCUCCGGGCCAACGACUAUGCCCAGCCUACAUUUGCCCAUGACUCCAUUAGCCGCCCCGACACCAUCGAGUAUGCCCAGCUUCACAGUGGACUGAAGAGAUCUCUGGAAGACCUUCAGUACCUCGUCGAGGGUCCCAAGAAGCACUUCCGUACUCUUUGCUGUCAGGGAUACGAGCUUGCGGCCAUCCAAGUGGCCCUGGACUUCAACUUCUUCAGCAUUGUCCCCGCAGAGGGGCAGAUCUCACUGGAAGAGCUGGCCAAACAGGCCGGUGUUGACUUGGACCGCACGCGCCGCAUCGUCCGUCUGCUGGCUACCGAAUUCAUCUUCCAGGAACCCAACCCCGGAUAUGUUGCCCACAACCCCAGCUCGUACCUGUUGCACCAGGACGAGGAGAUCCGUUCCACGCUGCACUACACUGUCGAUGAGAUGUUCAAGGCAGCCUCGGCCACGGCCGACAGUGUCAAGGCAUCGCCACUCGAGUAUAACAGCGUGCUCACCCCAUUCUCAACUCGACAUGGCCUUCAGAUCUUCAACUUCUACGAGAAUGACGCCUCGCGGUCAGUUCGAUUUGCCAAGGCCAUGGCUGGAUGGGCAAAAUUAAAUCUGAACAUCAAUGCACUCAAAGAGGCCUUCCCUUGGAAAGAUCUUAAGGGCACCGUGGUGGACGUCGGUGGUGGUAGCGGCAAAGUCUCCAUAACACUGGCCCGAAACUUCCCAACCUUGGACUUCAUUGUGCAAGACUCAGCCGACAUGCACGCAGCGGGUCAGUCGCUGCUCACCGACGACGUCCGUGACCGCGUCUCCUUCAUGCAACACAGCUUCUUCGAACCGCAACCCGUGGGAGACGCGGCCGCCUUCAUACUGCGUGCAUGCGCGCUCAACUGGAGCGACCGAGACGUCGUCCAGAUGUUCCGUUCCCUGGUGCCGGGACUGGAGCGCUCGAAGCCCACUACGCCGCUACUUAUCAAUGACCUGAUUCUGCCACCACAGGGUAGCCUCACGCGCGACUUUGAGCGCGGCGUGCGUCAAAUCGACCUGAUCAUGUUGGUGGGCUUCGGUGGUAAGCUGCGGACCGAAGCCGAGUUUGCGGCCCUGUUGAAGGAAGCCGAUGAGCGGUAUGAGAUCCACAGCUUCCAUCCCGAGGGACUGAUGGGCUUGCUUGAGGUCUAUCUGCGACGCUGA